AUGAGCACGUUAACAGAGGAGGUGCUGGAGCACAUCGUGUCAGACGACGGGCCGGGCACGCCCUCCGGGCCGUGCGACCCACCGAAAACACCCCCGGCCGCACGCCAUGUCAUCGUGUUGCACUGCUUCCUCUCCUUUGUCAUCUGCAACAUCGACCGGAUCAGCCUGUCCGUGGCGAUCAUCCCCAUGGGGAAGGCCUUCUCGUGGUCGGAGUCGACGAAAGGGCUAGUGCAAUCGGCCUUCUUCGUGGGCUACAUGACGACGCAAAUCCCGGGCGGGAUGGUUGCGGACCGGCGCGGCGGGCGCGCGGUGCUCGCCGGCGGCGUGCUGGCGUGGUCGGUGGCGACGCUGCUGACGCCCGUCGCGGCGCGCCUCGCGCUGCCCGCGCUGCUCGCCGCGCGCGUCGUGCUCGGCAUCGGCGAGGGCGUCGCCAUGCCGGCCAUGAACGCCAUGGUCGCCGCGUGGGUGCCCGCGGCCGAGCGCGCGCGCGCGCUCAGCUUGGUCUACUCGGGCAUGUACGCUGGCAGCAUCCUCGGCCUGGUGGCCGCGCCGGGCGUCAUGCGCGCCGCCGGCUGGCAGGCCCUGUUCUACGUCUUCGGCUUGGUCGGCAUCGCGUGGGUGGCGCUGCGGGGGCGCAGGACGGGGAGCUGCCACGUAGGCGCGUCGGCUGCGGUAGCGGCGGUGCCAUGGGUGUCGAUGUUUGCGUGUGCCAACGUGGGCGGGCGGGUAGCGGACGGGCUGCUGCAGCGCGGGUGGAGCACGACGCGGACGCGCAAGACGAUGCAGAGCGUGGGGUUCUGCGGGGCGGCGGUGUUUCUGGGGCUGGUGUGCGCGGCGCGCACGGCGGGGCAGGCGAUGGGGUGCGUGAGCGCGGGGCUCGGGCUGGCGGCCUUCUCGCAGAGCGGGGUGUACGCAAACCACCAGGACAUCGGGCCGCGCGUGGCGGGGACGCUGCUGGGGAUCUCCAACACGUUUGCGAGCGUGGCCGGGGUCGUGGGGGUGUAUGUGUCCGGCGUGGUGCUCGACCGGACUGGGCACGACUGGAGGGCCGUGUGGGGCAUGGCGAUCGCGUUCGACAUGGUCGGCUUGGUGGUGUACAACUUGUUUGCUACUUCGGAGCGGCAGUGGUGA